CAUUGGUUGCGCCGGGGCCCCUGCCUCCCGACACAUGAUCCUGUAGAUGCUGCUGCUGCUUCGGUGAGCACAGCCCUCCUGCUGUCCCUACCCGAGCUCGCUCUGGCCUCAGUACAGUUCAGGUGUAACUGAUGGCGAUGUGGUGCCGCCGCCUGCUGAGCUCGGCGCUGGCCCAGGCCCGGCCUGUGGCCCCCGGCCGGGAGCAGUCGGCACUGGCUCAGCUCGCGGGAAUCCUGGAAAGCCAACUGGACACGAUCCGGGGGGCGGGCACGUGGAAGAGCGAGAGAAUCAUCACCUCCAAGCAGGGGCCCCACAUUAGCGUGGAGGGCAGCGGGGGAGAGAUCCUUAAUUUUUGUGCCAACAACUACCUGGGCCUUUCCAGUCACCCAGAAGUGAUCCAAGCCGGUGUGAAGGCCCUGGAGCAGUUUGGAGCAGGCCUCAGCUCUGUCCGAUUCAUCUGUGGAACACAGAGCAUCCACAAAGCCCUGGAGGAGAAGAUCGCCAGCUUCCACCAGAGGGAGGACGCCAUACUCUACCCAAACUGCUUUGAUGCGAAUGCUGGACUGUUUGAGGCCUUACUGACUUCAGAGGAUGCAGUGCUUUCUGAUGAGCUCAACCAUGCCUCCAUCAUCGAUGGCAUCCGCCUCUGCAAGGCCAACAAGUACCGCUAUCGCCACAUGGACAUGGUGGAUCUGGAGGCCAAGCUGCAGGAUGCUCAGAAACAUCGGCUGAGGCUGGUGGCCACAGAUGGGGCCUUCUCCAUGGAUGGUGACAUUGCCCCUCUUCGGGAGAUCUGCCAGCUGGCCCAGAAAUACCAUGCUCUGGUCUUUGUAGACGAGUGUCAUGCCACGGGCUUCCUUGGACCAACUGGACGGGGCACCGAUGAGCUGCUGGGAGUCAUGGACCAAGUCACCAUCAUCAACUCCACCCUGGGAAAAGCCUUAGGGGGGGCUUCAGGAGGCUACACGACGGGACCUCGGGACCUCAUCGCUCUGCUCCGGCAGCGGUCCAGGCCCUACCUCUUCUCCAACAGCCUUCCCCCUGCCAUUGUGGGCUGCUCGUCCAAGGCCUUGGACCUUCUCAUGGAGAGCAACGCCAUCGCCCAGUCCAUGGCUGCCAAGACCCGAUGGUUUCGUGGUCAGAUGGAGGCUGCUGGCUUCACGAUCUCGGGCAGGGAGCACCCCAUCUGCCCGGUGAUGUUGGGAGACGCCCGCUUGGCAUCCGUCAUGGCGGAGGACAUGCUGAAGAGAGGCAUCUACGUCAUCGGCUUCAGCUACCCUGUGGUGCCCAAGGGAAAGGCGCGGAUCCGAGUUCAGAUCUCAGCCGUUCACAGUGAGGAGGACAUUGAGCGCUGUGUGAAGGCCUUUGUGGAGGUGGGAAAGCAGCAUGGGGCGAUCCCAUGAGGGCCUUCCCGGGAAACCAGUGUUCCUAGCGGUCAGGGGAAAGGCUGGGCUUCUCCCCAGAGCCCGCCCUCCAGCGGAUGGAGGAGAAAGCACACCAGCCAGCUGUGCCCAUCAAACCAAGUGCCUGAAAAUUGAAUACUUGAUUUUUUACAUUUUGUAUUUCCUAGCUGGGUUGAAGCCCUGAGGUCACAUCUAAUAAUUAUAGCUGUCCAAAAAUGGAA